GCGCUUCUCUCCCCUCAGCGCCAUGGCGGCGGCGGCGGCCCUGGAGCGGGCGCUGCGGGAGGCGGCGGCGGCGCUGGAGCGGGGCGGCGAGGGAGCGGCGGCAGCGGCGGGCGCUGUGCGGGCCGCGCUGUGUGUGGCGGGGGGCCCGGCCGCCCUCGGGGAGCGGGAGCGGGCCCUCUACGGCGCCUUCCUGCGGAGCCUGGCCCGGGCGCCCCGCGCGGCGCGGCCCGAGGGCGUCUGGCGGAGCUGCUUCCUGGAGGGCCCGCCCGGCCUCGUCCUCUGCGUCCUGCUAGAAGCCCUCGCCUCCCCGGGUCCUAACUUCCAUCCGAGGGAGGUCGUUGAGGUGCUGGAACAGUUCCUGCAGGAGGGACGGAUCUCAGCUCUGAUGUGGGAGGCCUGUCAGCAGCAAGCGCAGGCUGGCUCACCUGAGCUGCAGGAGGCCCUGCUCAGCAAGAUUGUGUGUUUGCCUGAUCAUGUGGGCAAUAAACUCCAGGGGAAAAACCCACCAGUAUUCUUCCCACAGAACUACUUUCCUCUCUUGGGUGGUGCAAUUAUCCAGGUGCUGCAGAAGAUCUCUGAUUCUCUAAGAGGUGGUUUGGAUUGCUCAAUUUCUUUUAUUUCUCAUGUCCUGGGGAAGGUAUGCGUUCACGGGAGACAAAAGGAAAUCCUGAGCGUUUUGGUACCCCGCCUAACGGACCUCACCAAGUCAGACUGCAUCUGGCAAAGAAUAUGCUGGCGAUUGGUUGAAUGUGUGCCGGACCGCUGGAUGGAAGCGGUCGUCCUUGGUUUUGUGCAGAGAGAGCCUGGGGCAGAUAUCUUGUCUAGGUUGCUGGGGAACCUGGUGGUGAAAAACAAGAAAGCUCAGUUUGUGGUGACACAGAAGGUGCUGCUCUUGCAGUAUUGCCACACGACUGCAGUGCUACAGAACCUCCUUGGCUACCUGUCCCUGGAUAGCCUUCGGCGUCCCUUAUUGAUCAAAGUGCUGCAAGAACUCUUGGAAACCUGGAGCAGCAGCAGUGCUGUGAAACACUCUCCGCCUGAGCAGCAGCAGUAUAUUAGCAAGGCCAUCCUUAUCUGCCUCUCCCACCUGAAGGAGGCUGAAAUCGAGAGCUGCAGACAAGAGCUUCUCACAAGCAUGAUGGAGGGCGUGAAAUGCCACUUGGACAGCAAUCUGCCACAAAUACGGCGUCUGGGAAUGAUUGUGGCAGAGAGCGUUAGCUCAAAAAUAAACACUGAUGGGCCUGUCCUGAAGUUUCAGUAUGAAGAUGAUGAUGAAACAAGAGAAUUGAAGUCCCUUCUGGUGCAGACUCCACCAUUCAGUGUUGCCCCCAGCCUUCCAGAUGAUGAGAAUGAGGCAGCAGGUGCUGCGCUGCCAUUGGUAUUGGAAAGUAACAAGAAAUCACACACAGCAGCCCCUGUGAUGCCAGACGAGGAGUCGGACGCUGAGCUUGACAGUGAUGAUGACCUCAUCCCUUAUGACAUGUCAGAGGAUAAAGAACUAAAGACUAAGGCUCCUGUGUAUAUCCGAGACUGUAUUGAAGUCCUGACAGGAUCUGAAGAUGUGGACAAAUGGGAAGCUACAGUCCAGGCUCUUGAGAGCUUGGUUCGAAAGAAUCCAGCAGCAACAAGAGAGGUUAGCGUGGAGCUGGCAAAAAUAUUAUUGCAUCUGGAGGAGAAGACUUGUAUUGAAGGCUUUGUGUUGCUCCGUCAGAGAGCUCAAGUAGCUGUUUUAACCACCGAUCCAAUACCUGUAGCGAAGUACUUGACCUCCCAAUUCUACUCUCUGAACUACAGUCUUCGUCAGCGCAUGGACAUUCUUGAUGUAUUGGUUUUGGCAGCUCAGGAACUCUCCUAUCCCAAAUCCCACGGGAAGACCAAGCGUUCUGGUGCCCAAAAACCUUGUAUCCAGCUUCUUCCUGGAAGUGACAGCUCUAAGGACUGGAGAAAAAUUGUUGAUGAGAGGAUCAAAAGCAAGACUCGUAGAUUUGCUACGGGUCAGUCUCAAGUGGAACUGGCCUCCAGCCCAAAUGAGUUCAGUUCUGUUGCUGGGUACUUCUUUUUUCCAUUGAUUCAGCACUUUGACAGGCCUUUGACAACAUUUGAUCUCCUGGGGGAAGAUCACUUUGUCCUUGGAAGACUGGUCCACACUUUAGCAAUCCUGAUGUACUUGGCUGUCAACACUGUGGCAGUUACUGCAAUGGGAAAGGCACUGCUGGAAUUUGUUUGGGCUCUGCGUUUCCACACUGACUCGUAUGUGCGCCAGGGUCUUUUGUCCUGUAUCUCCUCUGUGCUCCUCAGUGUACCUGCGGAGCAUCUUCUGGAAGACAUGACAGAAGAGCUUCUAGAGACUCAGUCCUGGCUGGGAGGGCAGUGUGACCACAGAUUCUGGGAGGCAGCACUGAGCCUUUGUUUAGAUUGCAGGAAUUGGCAGAAUGGAGACUACAGGCUUUUGAAUGUGGUGGAGAAAGAUCCAGAUGGGGACUGCAGGAGGCUGGCCUUGCAGAACUUGCUGCUAAUGGAGAACCUGAAAAAGAAACUUGAAACUGUCCCUUCCUAGCUGAAGGGUAAAAGAAAUGACCUUUACCUCGUACUCUUGCCAGCUGCAUAUGUGUAGGCACUGCUGGGGCCUCUUCAGCGGUCACCUGGCUGGAGAAGAGGAAGAAGGGGGAAGGGUGCAGAGCUGUAAGCCAGCGAACCUGACUUGACAUCUGGACUUUGUAGUGGAGGCCAAUUUAGUGAGCUAUUGCUAUCCGGUACGGAGUGUACAGAUGCAGGAAGGUAGGCUAGUGCUGCCAUCCUCCCCCCGCCUCCCCAGCCCCCACCCCCAGCUAUUUAUAACCUUGGCAGGUUGGAAUGCUCUGCUAAAAAUACAGGGACGAUCUCAUAGCAGACUUCUUGUCAGAAAAACAGGAGAGCUGGAGAGGGCCACUUACCGCCCAGGGCUAAGUCUAUGACAUGCUCCCAGGUCUUGUAGCAGCCAGUGUGGAAUAGUUCCUGGUCUGCAGUUCAGAGGGGUGGCGUAGGGAAUGACACGGCUGAUGGGAUGUCAGCUAUGCUGACAUUCUGAAAAUAUGCCAGACCUUAAAGGCUUGAGCUAGGAAGGAAUUGUUUUCUGAAUAAUCUCAGUAGAGAAAUAAGUUUCUAUUUAAUAACUAACGUCCAGAUUUUGGCCUUAAAAAUCUCCCCCCACCCUUCUGCCCUGAAAGCAUGCAAUUUAAAAUUUCAUAUUCACCCCAAGUUUUGAAGCAAGUCACAAAACAGGAAGAUGAAAGAUCACUCUAAGCAGAAAAGCUGGUAUAAAAUUAUGAGAGUGACUUUAUAGAUAUACCUUUACUGGGCAGGGUGGCAGGCUUAAAGGUGAGCAAAACCUUGGUUGCUUAUGUUGGGCAUCACUUCUCAUGGUCCUACUUGUGCCAGAGAAGAAAUUUGCAUCCUGAAAUCUGACUAGUUCAGAGUAGCUUGUCUUAAGUGUGGUGUUUGGAACAGAAGCUUCCCAGUGAGUAAGAAGCUUCACCGGCUUAAAGUGACCCAGCUUGCGGAGGGAGGAUUGGACUAGAUGACCCCCAGCAGGCCCUUCCAACUCCAACCCUUCUGUGACUCUGAGGUUUAGUCCAGAUUUUUGUAAAUGGUAGCUCUAGCUGUCAUGACCCUGUGAUGGCUAUAAACACAAAAGCUUUGGGCUGGGGGACGUCUCCCUUCAUUCUGCAGAGGGGAGUAGUUUGACUUUUACCCAAGCUCCUACCCAAAUGGGACAGAGAUUGUUUUCAAAAGUUCUGCCUUCUAGGGAGCGACAAAUGAGUUAGCACCUUAGCAGAUCAAAGUUGUACUUGAAAAUUUUGUCAACUUGGGAGUUUCCAUCUCAGUUACUCAGCUCUCUUCUAUGCUCAGAAAGAGGCGUGACGUUACAAUAUGCAGUUCUUGUUGGGUUUUUUUCUCCCUCAAAUUUAUUAAAGUACUAAAACCAGCUUCAUUACAGGA